ACACCAAGGUCUCACCCCCAAUGAAGACUUUUGGCACGAAGAAGAAGGAAAGAAAGAAAGAAAAAACGCCCAAAAAAAACAUUUCUUCACUAUAAACAAACAGAUUGACGUCGCCUCUUGUUUGUGCAUCUGGAAAGCACAUUGUAAUGAUGCAUAUUUCUAGAUGAAAAGCACUUCAUGCAACAAAUGUUUGUAGUCAUUCUAACUUUAGAAUCAGCGAAAUCACUUUUUUUUUGUAGCUGUAAUAAUAUAGAAAGUAUGUCCAGCCAAUACCAAACCGUAUCGCCAAUCAUAGCACCUCCGGUAAAAGUAUUUAUACAAACUGAAGAUAGGGUAUCUAAAAAUAGCCAUGUAACCACUAUGCAUCGUCUUGACCAAGACCAAUUGCCACUUAAAAAAAAGAAAAACUCGUUCCUAUGUUCGCUGUGGCUGUUUAUAGCAGCAAAGGGAGGUUCAAGAUUACAUAAUAUACUCUAUAUUAGGGGGGGGGGGGUUUGUCGUUUUUUUUUUCAAUUUAAACAAGGUGCACACUGUUUUAUAUAUAAAUGUAUACCCAAAACUUAUUCCACGUCCCUUGUAAAGUUGCUAUGUUUUCGACUAGCCAAGAAGUGAACACCUUACUAUACGGUGUCAGGCCGGGUAUAUCAAUAGGUUAUAAGUAAAUCUUAGCAAAAGUUCAGACUUUGAUUUAUUAAAUGAAAGAAAUACAAGUACUUGUAAUAGUAAAGGAACGCUGGAAUAACGUUGACGGUUGAUUUUGUAUCACCCCAAAAUCAGGUGGUACCAGCUAAAUAAAAAAAAAGUGAUCCCACCAGGAAUUUUAUUCACACCUGUUUU